AGUCGAACAAUCUUUGCAUCCGAGAGCUUCUCUCCCUCAAGCCUUAACUUGUAGCUCGGCCUUUUCACGCUUCAGAAUGAUCCGAGGAAACUUCUCACAUCUCCCGAGUUUGUUUCGGAGAUCAGACGGCCGGGAACACCAUCGUUUAAGUUGUGCCAGAUCUUUCCAAUCGCUAUGCUCGAUUGCUGUUUUGUUUCCUUCUGGUCCAAUCGCAAUUUUAGAUUCACCAAAUAGUCAUAUCCGUUGAGUUCUACCUCGGCAAGUUGCUCGAGGAGGACUAUGGUUUGUCCGAGUAGACACAAUGCUGAGCACAAUUGCCUGUUUGGUAACAUUAGCGAAGGCAUUGGAGAAACUCAUAUAAACUGAUGGAUUUCCUGUUGAUUGUAACGUUCUAGUUCUGUGGUCAUCUGAAUUUCUUCGUCUUAACAUUUUCUUGCCCCAAUAAUCCAAGAUGCUUUUCCCAUUAACUAUAAUAUUCAUCUCCCUCCCAUUUCUCAACGCCGCUGGUACGGACGCUAAUACGGGCGAUCUUGGAACGUCAACCACGCAGAAUGGACUUACGAACGAUACUGGCUGCAAGGCAAUGACCGUGAUCUUUGCACGUGGCACAACAGAGCAAGGGAACGUCGGCACACUUUCUGGACCACCAUUUUUCGCAUCUCUUGCACAAUCAGUAGGAACUGAGAACUUGGCUGUCCAAGGUGUGGACUAUCCAGCAGAUAUUCCAGGAUUCUUGGCUGGAGGUGAUGCAAAUGGAAGCAAGACGAUGGCCCAGCUGGUAACUCAAGCUAUGACAACUUGCCCCAAUACCAAAGUUGUAAUGAGUGGAUACAGUCAAGGAGGCCAACUCGUCCAUAACGCGGCGAAAAUGAUGGACGCAUCCACGACCGCAAAGAUCAACUCGGUCCUCAUUUUCGGUGACCCAGACAACGGUACUGCAGUCGGUACAGUGCCAGCAUCGAAGACUUUGGUUAUCUGCCACGACGGAGACAACAUCUGCCAGCAUGGAGACCAGAUUCUACAGCCGCAUCUCACGUACUCGAUGAAUGCGGGUCAGGCUGCACAAUUCGUUGCUUCGGCUGCGGGUAUGGCAGGCAAGGGGAAUGGUACUGCGACAAAGUUUGUUGCGUAAAGCUUAGCAGUCUCUGUUGAAUGUAAUCUGCUAUGUUGUAGAUGAAUAGACGAGGGCUCAUUGUUGGCUGCUGUAAUCUGAGAGAUUAAUGUUUAUAGCUUUCUUGAUAUUGCUCACGAUGCGCUACUUCUAGUUAAUAUUUAAAAUGCAUCGUGCUAAUCCCGCC